AUGGACCAUGGAAAGGACCUGCCACCAUUGACUUUAAACAACACAUCUGCAUCUUGCUUGGUCACCCUGAUUCCUGUGCUGGUGUCGAUGACCUCACAUUCUGAAAUUCCAUGCUACGAUGAUGAAACAGACAAACCAGCAUGGUGGCCUUCAGACAUCGAAUGGAGGAAUCCACAGUUUUAUCUGGAGGAUGCAGACAGAAGAAACGAUUGCCUGAAAGUCCUCCGCAAGCUUGUGUACAGUUGUUACUCGUAUCAUGGUGUGGAAGACUUGUGCAGACUUGAAGAGACACCUGUAUCUGAUAUGGAGAAUAUGGAAAUCAUUCAGCUGGCAGAAGACAGUGAAGCUUUGGAAGAUUCCUCAGCAGAAAGCGAGGGACCUGUGUAUGUUUGCUGUUUCUGUCUGAACCAGUUCAGCAGCCACCACCAGGUGAAUGCACAUCAGAAUAUUUGUUCUAAAAGAUUCAAUGAAGUUGUCUCAGUGAGUCCAACUGCCAUGCUCCCUGAUGACACUCAGAUGGAUUCUGUUAUGGAACCUGUAUCCGCAAGACAUUGUUUUGAGGAUUCUCCGCUGGGGGCAUCAGAUUAUCCGGCAUCAUCCCCUGAUAGUGAGUCAAGCUAUAUUAAUGACGUUGCAUCAUCAGAGUCAUCACUCGCCACCAGUCACAUGCCAAAAGUAUUCACAGAUGUUGGUAGAACUUCUUCAGCUCACAGUUCUUCAGCCAGUUCUCGGCUUUCCCAAGUCCCACAUAACUCAGCAUUAUCAACAUCAAACUCUUCAUCACUGAAACGACCUGGGCCAGUUGCCUCAGCUCCGUUCUUGCCCACUCUAAAAACUCGAAGUCAGAAGAGACUAGAUCAAAUCAAGGAGAGGCACAAGUCACGUCGUUUGAUGAUAGAAGAAUGUCAACAGAUGAGAGGAGUGCCUCAGAAUGGAGCUUGGUGGACUGGGAUCAAGAGGAGAAAGUGCAGUAUUGCUUAUCACAGUCCAAACAGGCCCUUGUCUCAGGAUGCCUUUGUGUCUGCUCUGGGCUUGGCCAGGGCAACUGAUGUUGCAGCCAUGGCUGAGAAGAAUUCUAGAAAUGAGCAAGAAGUAGAUCUUGACUGUGAGAUUAUUUCAGUUGAAGGCCCACUUAGUGCGGUUCCACCUCCUCCUCCACCACCACCACCACCGGAGGCAGCUGUAGAGAAAACAUCAGCUUCUCCUCGUUCAACAAGAUCUUUGAUAUCCCAGCUGGGUCGAGAUAACGAGGUCACUACUCGCAGACGACUGAGCUUUUGUUUUGUUGAAGAUGAAUGGGCAGACAGGGAGGCAUUGAAUGAGGGUCGGGAUCCUCUUCAGAUUUCCCUCUUAACAUUAGAUCUUUCUUCUCCUUUAGGCCUGAGAGUGAAGAAAUAUGUUCGAGGGGAAGGGCAUUUAAAUAUAAUUAAAGAUGUGGAGAGUUACUGCAGAACAGAAAUGGAUGAAGAUGGCUACAGUAAACUGAGAUUCCGUGGUUGUGAUUUCCGUAUCACGUACAGAAAAAAGAAACGAGCUUCCAAUUAUGUCCACACUUAUAAAUUUAACAAAAGUGAUCGCCUAGAAUUUAAAACCCUUUUAAAAACUGGUUUAAGUAUGCAUAGCCGACACAUACAGCAGGCCCUCCCUCUGUGUAAAGUUGUGUUGAAUCGACUGAGUAAAUCACAAAUAAAAUUGUGGACAGAAGAAAAGAAGAUAACAAUAUCGGAGCAGAUUGUUUAUGAUGAUGAUAUUUGCAUUACUCACAUUGACAUACCAGAGUCCAAGAUCACUCAGGGAUUUACUUCAGAUGCUCAGUCUCCCUCUCAGCAUCAGCUACACAGGAAGACUCAGUACCUGGCCCAGUCGUCACCGGUGUCGGUUGGGCGCCAGUGUUCGACCCCAGAAAGUAGGUUGUCACUUUCAUCCCGUGUGUCAGCAUCGCCUCCGCAUGUUCCAAACAUAUUCAGAAACAGGACGUCAUUCACGUCAUCUCCUCCUCACCCCACCAGUGUCCCUAGACCAAGCAGCCUCAGCUCUGGUUGGAGACCCCAGCAUGCAACACAGAAAACCAAUAGGAGCAUAGGAGACAUGGAAUGUUCCCAGUUUAAUUCUCUAUCUCCUUCUGUUAACAACUCUGGCCGCCAAAAUAUACUUGAUAAAACUGGUAACAGUUUUAAAAAAACUGAGGCGAAUUUGAGUCAUCUAACUGGCCAUAAAAGUUUGUCUCCGUCUCCUUAUGCUGUUCCUGGAACUUCAGCGAGUGAAUCCAGAAAUAGCGGCGAAAUGCAAGGCACUAACAGAAGAAAGCAACAGUUGACCCAGUUACGAAAGGAUGAUGGUGACGGUGGUGCAUCAAACAGUGCAACGUCUACCGACAGGAAUUUCGUACCAUAUGUAAACCACAACAGCUCUCUUCCCUUGCGAAACAGAGGUCUCACAGAGAAUAACCAUAGUAACCCUAUGCAAAAACAUAAGGAACACCAUUCUUCAGGCAUUCCUUUGCAACCUUCCACUCGCAAGCUGUCAAAUUUCGACUACUUCAGUAUUCGGGAUGGCAAAAUCCAGCCCUCAUACCCUCACAACAGCCAUCCUUUGGUCAGUCAACAUCGGCCGUCUGCACCACUGGCCCCGGCUUUGAACCCACACAAUCGCCAAAAUACCAGCUUUCACAGACAGCCCUAUCCACAUCCAAGACCUCAUCAACAUUCUCAACCUCCAUCACCGUUAUCACACUCACAGCAUCCUCAUCCUCGAUUUAAGAGUACAUUACAGGGAGCACCUGGCCAGGCCAGACCUUGUCCGGUACACAGUAAUAACUUCCCUCAGCAUCGCUUGCCAGCUGGCCAUAAGAGACCAGAAGGGCUUGCAUUUUCUCGAAAUCAGAACAGCGGGGCCAAUAACAUAAGACCUCCGCAUCAGAAAACUGUCAGUGAAAAAGCUUUGCCUGCACAGCAUCUCCACAAGAAAAACUAUCUAGAAGAUGAUGAUGUGAUGGAGGUCAUAUGUAUUGAUGACGAUUAA